AUGGCAGAUAGUUCGGGCUUGAGCUCGGGCUACAAAGAGUAUGUCGCGGGUAUGCUGGCGGGUGUUGCCACAGUCGUCGUGGGUCAUCCAUUUGACACAAUCAAGGUGAAGCUUCAAAAACACAACGCAGGAGCUAAUGGGAUGAAGUACAAGAGUGGUUUUCACUGUACUGCGGCAAUAUUGAAGACUGAUGGAGUGAAGGGCCUUUAUCGCGGUGCAACACCUUCUUUUGUUGGAAUGGCCUGUGAAAGCUCACUUGCUUUCGGAAUUUAUUCCCAGACAAAACAGUUUCUGCAGGGAGAAAUAAAAAAUGGGAAGCCACAGCUUCGUGCGAUAGUCCCUUCAGGAGCUUUUGCUGGAGCUCUUAUCAGCUUUAUAUUAUGCCCAUCAGAGCUGGUAAAGUGUAGAAUGCAAGUUCAAGGCUCCUUCAUUCAUAGUUCAAGCACAUACAACAGUCCCAUUGAUUGUGCCCUUAAAACUCUAAAAAGUGAAGGGCUGACAGGAUUAUUCCGAGGAGGCAGUGCUACUUUUUUAAGAGAAUCUCUUGGAAAUGCAGUCUUCUUUAGCACUUACGAGCACAUGCGUUAUUACAUGCGUUUACCACUGAGAGAUACUUCCUCUGAUUUAACCCAUUUUAUUGAUGUAGGAAUCGGGAUUGUUACUGGUGGCUUAAGUGGUAUAGCAUGUUGGUCCGUUGUUCUACCCUUGGAUGUGGCAAAGACUAUAAUACAGACUUCGUCGGACAAGAAACAGACCAGGAAUCCAUUUCGGAUUCUUGAAUCGAUCUACGGGAGGUCCGGAAUUAGGGGAUGCUAUACAGGUCUUGGUCCUACGAUAGUUAGAGCAUUUCCUGCUAAUGCCGCUGCUAUUGUCACAUGGGAACUAGCCAUGAAGUUGCUGGGCAUCAAGCGCGAAUAG